AGAGAGAGAGAGAGAGAGAGAGAGAGAGAGAGGGUGACCAAACUGAGGGAGGAGGGAGGGGGAAACGGCGUAUGCUUGUAUACAACCCUGAUUUCCAUUUUUUUUCCCAACUCGUAAUGUAUUUAAUUCAAGUGAAACGUAAUCAUGACGUGUCGUGUCAUUAAUCUCCUCGCCGCCUCUCCCAAAAUUAAAGGAGAAGGCUGCCACAGAAGUGUGUCCCCCGUCAGCCGAGACACUAAAGAAUGGCAUAACAUCACACAUACUUCUGUACUGACAGAGGAUGGAUUCUCCGCCGGAGUGUGUGUCUCUUUCUUGUGAGCAUCCCCAGUCUCCCCCAACACUGCCAUCCCUGGACCACAGCCCCCAGGCGUCUUCUCCUCACACUCAGCUCUCUCUACCUGACAGCCCCGCUGUCCUGCCCAUUCACAGCCCCGAACCUUCCCCUCAGAGCCCGGACACCACGCCUUAUUUCCCCCUCUCUCCCUUCCCCCUCCUGGAGGACAAUAACAACAAUCACCACGAUGUUGAUGAAGAAGAUGAGGAGGAAGGGCUGGAUGGAGUUCCUCUGUCCCCGACCCCGGCAGUGGCUCUGUUCCCAGUAGGAGGGGGACAAGAAGCUGGAUGCAGCCCUUGUUUGGACUCCUCUCCACCAGCGCCACUCCUCGGGUUUGGAGCCCUGGAGCUGGCCCUCUCAUCAGGGCAGAGUGGAAACUGCAGCGAUGAGCUAGACCUACAGCUGUUCCAGAAAGAUACUGUUACCAGGGCAAUACCUGGAGUGGGAGGGACUUCACCAGGACCUGCGCUCAGGUUCCCCUGUCAUGUAUGCGGAAAGAGAUUCAGAUUCCAAAGCAUUUUGUCUCUUCAUGCCCGAGCUCACAGUCUGGACCGAGACCGCCGAGCUUUAGCCCUAUACCGGACUGGACUCCCUUCAGCACCCCUAAAGCAGCACCUCAAAAUACAGCAGAACCACAAAGACUUAGUCCAGAAUCACCGGAGUCACCCAAACCAGCGUAUACUGCCAGGGACACUCAUCCAGCAUCUUACAGAAGAAGAGGAUGUUGACGGUGAGGUCAAAGGUCUAGAUGACGGCCUACAGACAGACCAGAACCCAAACUUCUUACUGGAUGACAGUACACCAUUGACCCCUCCACUUACAGAGGAUCCUGUAUCUGUGACUCCUCCCUAUUCUUCUACCAUUGGGGAGGGUGUGUCUACUCCUAUAGCGCCUACGUUUCGCUGCCAUGCCUGCAAAGGAAAAUUCCGCACGGCUUCGGAGUUGGCGCGCCAUGUCCGCAUUCUCCACAACCCGUAUAAAUGCACUCUUUGUCCCUUCUCUGCCAGCCAAGAAGAGAGCCUGGCAUCUCACUUGCAGGAGUUCCACCCUUCCCCUGAGGUACCUGCUCUGCCACCGGCCUUCAAUUCCAGGCUGGUCAUUGCAACCCCUGAUACUCCUGUGCCCACCCCGACGCAUACCCCAGCCCCAGCCCCAGCCCCACCACCAAGUACCCCACAGGUGACAGCAGCAGCAGCUACAGCGGCUGCCUCCCCCACAUUGCCAGCAUUUCGCUGUGAUAUUUGUGGACAGCGGUUUACCCAAUCUUGGUUCCUGAAGGGACACAUGCGAAAGCACAAGGACUCCUUGGACCAUAAGUGCCAGGUAUGCGGCCGUGGCUUCAAAGAGCCUUGGUUCCUCAAAAACCACAUGAAAGUACAUCUCAACAAGCUUGGGCUGAAGGCCGGGCUGGGAACCCUUGGGGUACCAGGAGGUUCAGAGCAGCAAGGCAAAGGCUCUGCUAAUAAUCAGUCUCUCAACGCUCUCUAUUCAAGCCUCCUUCUGGCCCAGCAAAGAGGUGGUAGAGGUGGACAAGGAAGAUCAGAAACUGGAGGCAGAAUGGGGAUGGGCUCAAGCAAAUCAGCCAUCCUCGGCUACCUCGGGUUACCCAGUGAUGGCAGUGGGGCUAGCUGCAUGGAGAGACUUCAAGCAGUGGCUCAGGUGGCAGAGAUGGGAAAUGGUGGUGGCUUUGGCGGCACAGGAGUAGGGGACCAAGGAAGAGGAGGGGGACCGAAUAGAGGAGGGGGCACAAGUGACACUACUGCAUCAAUUUCAGAAGGAGGUGACCAGGCCACUUGGUGGCAGCUGGUGGCUCGCAGCCUGGCAGUAGCUCAGCAGCAGCAGCAGCAGCAGAGGCCCCAACAGCGAGGCCAGCAGCAAAGCCAGCGAGGCCAAGGUCGGAACUCCGUGAUCACAGAGGCCGACCAAGUCAGGGCCUACCUCGGAGGCCUGGAUCCAAGAGAAGAGUCUGGGGGUGCAGGAGGGCCAUGGGAAUGCCCAGACUGUGGAAAGCUUUUCCGCAGCCUGCAGCAGGUGGUGGUUCAUGCUCGCGUUCACACUCAGAGGCCCCAGAAAGGAGGUGGUGGCGGCGAAGAGGAAGGGAGUGGUAGCCGUAGAAGAGCGGGGCUUGGAAGAGGAGGCAGCGGUGAAGUGAGACAGGAAUCUCAGCUACACAGUGGUGAAUCCCAACAAGCAGGAGAAGUGAGACAGGAAUCAAAACUGCACGGUGGUGGAUCACAACAAGCAGGGGCGGCUACAGGGUUUCACUCCGUCAUCUCAAGCUUCAAAGGAGAAAAUGGCUUGACAGCAGUCUCCUCCAUACCUUCAGUUCCCAACAGGGAGCGAGUGCGUGGUAGAGGGAUAAAAGACUGCCCCUACUGUGGUAAAGCCUUCCGCUCUUCACACCAUCUCAAAGUGCACCUGAGAGUUCACACAGGCGAGAGACCCUACAAAUGUCCCCACUGUGACUAUGCGGGUACCCAGUCGGGCUCGCUGAAGUACCACCUCCAGCGGCAUCACAGGGAGCAACGCAACGCCUUGUCAGCCUCCUCCAAUUCCUCCUCCAGUGGUCUCAGCCCCACUAUCAACAGUCUGACCUCUGGAACCUCGGGGCUGGCCAAGCAGCGCCGAUCCCAGCCAAACCACUGCCCUCCCAACCGAGGCCCAACCGACGACCCCACCUCUCGGCCCAGCCAGCAGUCUUGGCUCCUGGGGCUUCCAGACCAGCGGGAGCACCGGAAGGCCUUGGCCGCUCUAAGGGAUGUCGACUUGGAGACCCAGUACAGGUAUCUGUCUGGGGUGAUGGGGGCCCUUUACCAAGGUGGAAUGGAAGGAGGCUGGAUCAGGGAGUCUCCCCCACCCAAGGCCCCUAAAGUGUCCCGUCGCAAGCCCCUUACUACUAGCCGAAUGGUUCAACCACUGAGUGACAAGGAAGGGCCUGCGCCUUCAACUCAAGAAGGGGGUUUCGAACCCCUGGAUCUGUCUCGCCGCCCCUCACCUGGCCUUGGAGGCAUGGAGGAGGAUGGAGGCAUGAGCUUAGGGGAGGGAGGAGGUGUCGGCGGUGGGGAUGGCGUAGGGGAUAUUUCAAUGGCGGUCAAACUGAGCCAGUGUUUGUUCUGCCCUUUUCGCACGUCCUCAGCAGAGCUGAUGGCCAUGCACCUCCAGGUCAACCACACCAGUAAGUCCAGGCGCAAAAGAGCCCCUUCUACCACCUUGGAUGGUGAUGGAGCCCCAAAGGCCACCAAGCCCCGGACGGAUCAUUCUGAUCUCGACUCUCUGACAAUAUGGAGGCAUGUGACCGAGGCAGAGUCCCAGGCACCCCUGGGAGAAUGGUCCUCAACGCAGGCCAAGACCAUGAAUGGGCUCUCUGAGGAUACACAGGACCAUCUGGACGACAUCCUCGGCCACCCAGACGUGGCCUCAGUGUCCAAGAAUGUCAGAGACGGUCUGGCACUCAAGGGAAAGAUGGAGGGGGAUGAGGAGGAUCAAGAGGAAGAAUUGGAAGAGAAUUUGGAGAACAGCAGCCUGGAGGAUUCAGAGGACCAGGAUCUGAGGAUGUCCCUCGCUCUUUCACCGGCCCUGAGCUCCAACCACAUGGUAGGAGAGGAGGAAAGAGUCUUUACAGAUUAAAAGGCUUUGUUUGGGAUGACACCAUUCAAACUGGAGGGUUGGGUUCAAUGUUUUCAACUACAUUCGACACAGAAUUGAAGAAACGGGCAAAGGAUUCUUAACUCCUGAGGUUUUGAAAAGAGCAAGAGAAACAUCACAGCUUUUAUUUUCCUUACGACAUUAUUCGUCUUGUUCGGUUCCGACAGUAUGGUCAUCCUCAAAAUAAGCUUCCUGUGCAAAAGAGCAAAUAUGCAUCUUUUCAGGAUUUUUGUAGGCCACUUUUUCCUCUUUUUUUUUCAAGUGAUCUCCUACAUGAUAAAUCUGUACGAUCUAAGGCAUCAUUCCACACACAUCUGUUUCACACCAAUAACGGACUGUUUAUUCCAGACUACUAUACUGACGAGGCUGAAGCUAGCUGUGAAGAGAUACUCUCCUGACAGACCACCGAACGGUUUGAAACCUCAAACGUCAAGUUCCUCCUCCACCCACACAAAUGUGGAGGAAAGUUAAGUGUAGAAAAGUUUCAAGCUGUGAACCUCAGCUGAGCUUUUUGGUAUUAAUUUAAGGCAUGACAUAACUGUUGCAGACCGCGUGCUUUCCCUCGACUAUAUAUCACUGCCUUGUUUGUCUGAAAAGUGUUUCUACACGAUUGUCCUAAAGAAAAACAGAAAGAAACGUUUGUAACAUUUUUAUUUUUUUUCAGUUAGUGCCUGUUCAUGUGCAUUGUCGAGAGAGUCUCUGGUGCUCCUGCGCAUCGAGGCUCUGAUAGGUCAUUCAUUUUAUCUGAAUAUACAGUUUAAAACAAUUUAAGUACAGUAUAUUUGUUCAAAGUGGUUCUAGGGUGUUGUGAAUAGUUAAGUUGUAAAAGAAAUGCUACAUUGUAGCGUGUUGUACUUGACACAGGCGGCAGAAUAGAAAACAAACAAAAAAAGUAGGCGAUAUAGAUAAUGCAGUGAAAGAGGUCAAAGGCUGAGCGAUACGAAAGGGGUCAAAGUUUAAAAAUUCAGUGUUUACAAUGGCGCCGAAUGUGGGUUGGGGUUGCAACGUAGAUGCGUGGAAAAGAACAAAACUCAGAGCGGGAGACUGUUCCCUACUGCCGUAGGGACGUCGCCCGAGCCCCCCUGGGACACAAUCAACUGACACACCCUUUUUAAAGACACAGAGACUCUGCGACUGUGUCGGAAAAAGGAACGAUACAAGGUAGAGAAGGAAAAAGAAAGCCGUACCUCUGCCAAAACAGGACUGAAUCUGAGAAACAGACUACUCUUGGGGGGGUAUGGCGUCAUUUAGAUGAGUAGAUCUCCUCUCUUCUUUUUUAAUAAGAGAAGAAAAGACAAUGGUAGGAGUAAUUAUUAAAAACACUAACAAAAUGCAUAGACAUCCCAGUAGAAUAUGUGUAGCUUUUGUAAAGAUGAGAAGAAGAAAAAAAAAAGCAGACUUUUGUUUAUUUUCAUUUCAAGAUGCUUACAGAAAAAGGUUAUCAAUAUAGGUAAUAUUGAUUAUAAUGUUUGUGAGCUAAGACUAGUUGGAAUGUCUAUACAGAGCACUGUGCAAGGUUUCAGUUCCCAAAGUAGUUGUUUUUGUUUUCGACUUUAUCGAUAGACCAAACGUUUUUUCAAUGGAAGCUGUCACUUUCUGUUGUCGUUUUUUGAAUGUGUAAACACUGUGGUUUGGAUAGAUUUACCCCAUCGAUUAGCCAAAUCCGUCAAUCAGUUGAUCAGUGCGUCGGAUAUCCAACCACUGAACUGGUUGUUAAAGAAAGUUCACCUUUGUGUAAACGUCAACUGCUAUAAAUGAAAACAAUCACUCAUGAAUAUCAUGACUUCUUGUGUUUUGAAAAGAGAAAACCAUGAACGCGGGGCAGUGAUCCCCCCCCCCCCCCCUCACGCUGGUGAACAACCACUAUUUAUCUACUUAGACUACUUUCUGAUGGGGUAUCCUACGAUUGCAGCCACACCUUAAUGUGCAUUAAUGUGUUUUGAGUUCCUUCUGUAGAGCACCUUAUGAGUUCUGUAGUGAUAAGUCCCUUAGUGGUGUCUCCUUAACAACUACUGUCAAUGCCAUCGUGCCUUCUGUUUCAAGCACUUCCUGGUGUAUUUUGUAAAACUCACCAAAAGCACUUAGCCUAUAUCACACUCGUUCUUGCUCUCCGUCUGUCCUUACUCCCCCCCGUCCUUUCUCCUCCUCUUCCCCUCUUAUCACCUCUGCUCAUUUCCCUCAAUCUGUUAUCUCAUGUCGUUACCUCUCGACCCCUCUCUCUCCUGGGGGAGGCUCUUUCUCUCUCUCUCUCGCUCUCUCUCUCUCUCUCUCUCUCUCUCUCUGCUGUUUCGGGCCUGUUCGGCCUUAAACCAGGCCACUAGGCCUUAUUACGAGCUAGCAUGGCUAGACUCUUGAAAGAAUGGACUACCUAACCUUUAGACAAGUACAAAUCAUUGUAGAUGUAGGGUUAGACUACUUUUGGUCUUAACACUAACCCUUUGUAAACCAAAGCCCAAGUCUAAGUCGAAUAAAUCUUAUAUUUAAUCUCUUAAAAAGGUGCCAAAACAUGUCCCAGGUGACACUAAAGUAAUGUUCAACUUGAGAAAAUGAAAUAAUACUUUUUUUAACCCAUCCUUCCUCCUUUUCUCUCUCUCUCUCUCUCUCUCUCUCUCUCUCUCUCUCUCUCUCUCUCGCUUGCUCUUCCUCCAUGUUGCUCUCUCUCGUCCGUAAACUGUCUAUCUCUAUAGCACCACUUGAAGGUGACGUGUACUAUCUGGUAUUGAGGCCUUUAUUAGAUUUUUAUUUCAGUUUGUGUGGUGUUUGUUCAAUGCCGUUGAGAUGGAAAAAUGCUCUUCUUAUGAUGAUAAUUAUUAUUGUUUUGGCAUUAUGGUAAAAAACAACAAAAAAAAUAAGACAAAACUAAAAAAAAAACAAGAGAAAUGUGUUGUUGAAUGUUGUACAGAUAGCACUAGAGCUGUUGUGUUUUUUUUGUUUUUUUUAAAGAGAGCACAAACCCGAGCGAUGGUCCCUUCGACUCCUCCCACCGGCAGACGGGAAUAAAACAGCCUGCCAAUCAAUCUACAUGUCUAAUGACAAAACAAUCUCCUCUGUGAUGACAGAGUUUCAAAACCAACCAUUUUGUGUCCAAGUAGCGUUCUUCUCUGGAGAUUUAAUUUUCCCAAAUGUCUUCCACAGAAAGAAACGAAUCCUCUCGAGUUGAUAUUUUUACUCUUUUGAUGGAAUAGUUUGAUUUCAGAGAACUUGACUGUUUUACGAAGACAACGCGUGGGUGCCUUUAUUGCGUCCAUAAGCAGAGUGAAAGUAUGUUUAACAGCAAGUUCAGCCCAUUUCUUUGUCUCAUCUGUGUGGGAUCAUAAGAGCUUCACUGAAAACUGGUGAAAUGCAUCUCUGCAUUUUGCAGUGAGGGAAAACUGAUCUAACAUAGUAGUGACUAAUAUGACUUUGUGGACAGAUUAAAAAAAAAAUAAAAAUAAAAUAAAACACAUUAGAAAUAAAUAAACACAAACAAAAUAA